AUGAUCGUGCUCGUUAGCCAAGUGAAUCGCCUUAGGAAGCUUAAACGACCUGUCAUUGGAGUCAGCUGCGCCUCUACCGUUGACACAUUGGGCCGCCCUCUUCGCCUUCUGCGCCUCCGCAGGUAUUCCCUCAUCAUAUUCUUACCCACGAACAAAAUUUCAAUGGCGCAAUUGGUCCACCCCAUUGCAAACAGUGCAUUUGUGCUGAGCAUCGACACUAAUUUCGACAGUUGCAUAAAGCUGAUAAGAGAAAUGACAGGACCCGACCCAAAUUCCACUUUGGUAUCCGAGCCGAACCCUGUUCGUGAUCGACACCUGGCGGGUGCCGAGCACAAUUGA